AUGGUGGGACCGGCGAGGAAGGCGCAUCGGCAAAGCUCUGGUGCAGCUGCCGUCCCUGCCAUCAUCGACCCUGACCACCGACCAUCGCUCAUUCUUCUUCAAAGUCUCAUACGACCUCUUUCUAAGAUGUCGACAAAAGCAUCUUCUUCCAGCGACAUGCUGCCAGCAAAGCCGACCAGCACCACCACCGUCACAAUCGCAGGAAAGCAGAAGACGACACCGUGGGAGAAGAAGAUGGAGCAACGCAGGAAGCAAGAGUCGAUCAAGCAAAGGGAACGUGAGAUGAAGGCCGAGAAGGAAUCCGAGGCCGAACGAAAGAAGCAGAUCACUCGCGACAGGAAGCAGAUGGCCGAGGAAAAGGCUCGACUCGAGAUCAUGGCACAAAAGGUGAGCUGGAACAACAGCAUCGACAUUCGCUUUGAGGAGCUUUGA